AUGUCAUCUUCCAAUAUCACCUCAACUCAUCCAACUGCCUUCUUGUUAACGGGGAUCCCAGGCCUGGAACAUCUCCAUAUGUGGAUAUCCAUUCCCUUCUGCUCAGCCUAUAUGCUGGCCCUGCUUGGAAACUGCACCCUCCUCUUCAUCAUUCAGGCUGAUGCAGCCCUCCAUGAGCCUAUGUACAUAUUUCUGGCCAUGUUAGCAGCGAUUGAUCUUGUCCUUUCCUCUUCCACAUUGCCCAAAAUGCUUGCCAUAUUCUGGUUCAAGGACCGGGAGAUCAAUUUCUAUGCCUGUCUGGUCCAGAUGUUCUUUCUCCAUUCUUUCUCUAUUAUGGAGUCAGCAGUGCUGCUGGCCAUGGCCUUUGACCGCUAUGUGGCCAUUUGCAAGCCAUUGCACUACACCACUAUCCUGACCGGGCCCCUUAUCACCAAGAUUGGCUUGGUGGCUGUGACUCGUGCUGUGGCACUUAUGACUCCACUUCCCUUUCUGCUCAGACACUUCCACUACUGCCGAGGCCCUGUGAUUGCCCAUUGCUACUGUGAGCACAUGGCUGUGGUAAGACUGGCCUGUGGGGACACUCGCUUCAACAAUAUCUAUGGUAUUGCUGUGGCAAUGUUUAUAGUGGUUUUGGACCUUUUUUUUGUUGUGCUAUCUUAUAUCUUCAUCCUUCAAGCAGUUCUACAACUUGCCUCUCAGGAGGCCCGCUAUAAGGCUUUUGGGACCUGCGUGUCUCACAUAGGUGCCAUCUUAGCCUUCUACACACCAGUCGUCAUUUCUUCAGUCAUGCACCGUGUCGCUCGCCGGGCUGCUCCACAUGUCCACAUUCUCCUUGCCAAUUUCUAUCUGCUCUUCCCUCCCAUGAUCAAUCCUAUCAUCUAUGGUGUCAAGACCAAGCAGAUUCGUGAGCGAAUCUUAGGACUAUUUCUGAGAAAGGAUGUAUAA